AUGGCCUACCAGGGCGCUCAAUCUCACUCGCCCUCGGGCUCGACCUAUGGCGAUGAUAGCCAUAGAUUGCAUGACCUGGGGCCUACCAACUACGGCGAAGAUGAUGCUUCCCGAAGCUUAUUGAACCAGGGUCCCUUCAACGGGCCCUUCGAGGACCCUCACAGCCGAUCCGCAUCUCCUAUGCGCCCGGUCUCUCGAUACAGUCUGACAGAGUCCUACGCAACUGAUCCCGCGGCUCCUCCCUACAAUGACUCCUCCUAUAGCCCUGGUGAAAACCCAGCCACUGCGUAUGGUGUCCCCGGCCGCGUAGCCUCACCAUAUGCACGAAGCGACACCUCGUCCACGGAGGCCUGGCGUCAGAGACAAGCUCCUGGCUUACGUCGUUACGCCACCAGAAAGGUCAAGCUUGUCCAGGGUUCAGUCCUGAGUGUUGACUACCCCGUGCCCAGUGCUAUUCAAAAUGCUGUCCAGGCCAAGUAUCGCAAUGAUCUUGAAGGUGGAAGUGAGGAGUUUACUCACAUGCGAUACACUGCUGCUACUUGCGAUCCUAAUGAAUUUACUUUGCACAACGGCUACAACCUGCGACCAGCCAUGUACAACCGCCACACAGAACUACUAAUUGCCAUUACUUACUACAACGAAGACAAGCAACUGACUGCUCGAACGUUGCACGGCGUCAUGCAAAAUAUUCGCGACAUUGUCAACUUAAAGAAGUCCGAGUUCUGGAACAAGGGCGGCCCUGCUUGGCAGAAGAUUGUAGUCUGUCUUGUCUUCGAUGGUAUCGACCCUUGCGAUAAGGACACGCUCGAUGUCUUGGCGACUGUCGGUAUCUACCAAGAUGGUGUCAUGAAGCGUGAUGUUGAUGGAAAAGAGACCGUUGCUCACAUUUUCGAAUAUACCACCCAACUCUCUGUUACGCCAAGCCAGCAGCUCAUUCGUCCCACCGAUGAUGGCCCAAGUACCUUGCCUCCUGUGCAGAUGAUUUUCUGCUUGAAGCAAAAGAACAGCAAGAAAAUCAAUUCUCACAGAUGGCUCUUCAAUGCCUUUGGCCGCAUUUUGAACCCUGAGAUCUGUGUCUUGCUCGAUGCCGGUACGAAGCCUGGCCACAAGUCCAUUCUUGCAUUGUGGGAAGCUUUCUACAAUGACAAGGAUCUUGGUGGUGCUUGUGGAGAGAUUCAUGCCAUGUUGGGUAAGGGAUGGAAGAAUCUACUCAACCCUCUUGUGGCGGCUCAAAAUUUUGAGUAUAAGAUUUCAAAUAUUCUCGACAAGCCCUUGGAGAGUUCCUUUGGAUAUGUUAGUGUCUUGCCCGGUGCUUUCUCAGCCUACCGAUUCCGUGCUAUCAUGGGCCGACCUCUGGAGCAGUAUUUCCAUGGCGAUCAUACCCUGUCCAAGCAACUGGGUAAGAAGGGUAUUGAGGGCAUGAACAUCUUCAAGAAAAACAUGUUCUUGGCCGAGGAUCGUAUCUUGUGUUUCGAACUCGUGGCUAAGGCUGGCUCAAAAUGGCACUUGUCAUAUGUCAAGGCUUCCAAGGCCGAAACCGAUGUGCCUGAAGGUGCCGCUGAGUUUAUUUCUCAGCGUCGUCGUUGGUUGAAUGGUUCCUUUGCUGCCGGUAUCUAUGGUCUAAUGCACUUUGGUCGUAUCUACAAGAGUGGUCACAACAUUAUCCGCUUGGCUGUUCUCCAUUUCCAAAUGCUUUACAAUACUUUCAACACCAUCUUGACCUGGCUUGCUCUUGCGUCCUACUGGCUUACUACAACUGUCAUUCUGGAUCUCGUCGGAACACCCAGCAACUCGAAUAACAACAAAGGCUUUCCUUUCGGCAAUACUGCUACUCCGAUUGUCAACACAAUCCUCAAGUACUGUUACCUCGGUGUGUUGCUGCUUCAGUUUAUUCUGGCUCUGGGAAAUCGUCCAAAGGGCUCCAAACACACUUAUAUCAUGUCGUUCAUCUUCUUCGGUAUCGUGCAGUUCUACGUCAUUGUUGAUUCCAUGUAUUUGGUUGUUCAUGCCUUCUCAGGCUCUGCUCCUAUGGAUUUCAACACUAGUGACGGGGUUGGCGGUUUCGUCAAAUCCUUCUUCUCUUCGUCCGGUGCUGGUAUUAUUAUUAUUGCGUUGGCUGCCACUUUUGGACUUUACUUCGUUGCCUCGUUCAUGUACAUGGAUCCCUGGCACAUGUUUACGUCUUUCCCCGCCUAUCUCGUGACCAUGUCCUCUUUCAUCAAUAUUCUCAAUGUUUAUGCAUUCAGUAACUGGCAUGACGUCUCCUGGGGUACCAAGGGUUCCGACAAAGCCGAUGCUUUACCUUCAGUCCAAACCAAAAAAGAAGCCGAUGGCAAGGGCACAGUCAUUGAAGAAAUCGACAAACCUCAGGCUGAUAUCGACAGCCAAUUCGAAACCACUGUCAAACGUGCCUUGACACCCUAUGUACCACCAAAGGAGGUGGAAGAGCGCAGCUUGGAAGACUCGUAUAAGAGUUUCCGUACUAAGCUUGUCAGUUUCUGGAUCUUUACCAACGCUCUUUUGGUUGUUGGUAUCACUGGCGACAGCUUGCACGAAUUUGGUUUCACUAGCACCGCCACUACUCGUACCACCCACUUUUUCCAGGCCCUUCUGUGGUCGACCGCAGGUGUUGCACUGAUCCGAUUUAUCGGUGCAUGCUGGUUCCUGGGCAGGACCGGAAUUAAGUGCAUGUGUGCCCGACGAUAA